AUGCAGCACCUGAACACCAUCAUGGCAGAAUCACCAGGCCUCAUCACUGUCUUCCUUUUGGGGUAUCUACUCGGCGCUGAAUGUGCAGUUUUCCUUGAUCGUGAAAAUGCCACCAAAAUUCUUAUCCGUCCAAAAAGAUAUAAUUCAGGGAAACUGGAAGAGUUUGUUCAAGGAAACCUUGAGAGAGAAUGUGUAGAGGAAAGGUGUAGCUUUGAAGAAGCGCGAGAAGUUUUUGAAAACACUGAAAAAACUACUGAGUUUUGGAAGCAGUACGUUGAUGGAGAUCAGUGUGAGUCAAAUCCUUGUUUAAAUGGUGGAAAAUGUAAGGAUGAUAUUAAUUCCUAUGAAUGUUGGUGCCAAGCUGGAUUUGAAGGAAGGAACUGUGAAUUAGAUGCAACAUGUAACAUUAAAAAUGGCAGGUGCACGCAGUUUUGUAAAAAUGGUGCUAAUAACAAGGUAAUUUGUUCCUGCACUGAGGGAUACCAACUUGCAGAAGACCAGAAGUCUUGUGAACCAGCAGUUCCAUUUCCAUGUGGAAGAGUUUCUGUUUCAUACGGUUCUAAGUUCACCCGUGUAGAGACUACUUUUUCUGAUAUGGACUAUGAAAACUCUACUGAGGCUGACUUCUUUCUGGAUGACUUCACUAACAGCACCAUUCUGGAUAAUGUCACUGAAAAUAGUGAACCAUUUGAUGACUUCCGUCGAGUUGUUGGUGGAGAAAACACCAAACCAGGUCAAAUCCCUUGGCAGGUCAUUUUAAAUGGUGAGGUUAAGGCAUUCUGUGGAGGUGCCAUCAUUAAUGAAAAAUGGGUGGUAACUGCUGCCCACUGCCUUAAACCUGGUGAUAAAAUUGAGGUUGUUGCAGGUGAUUAUAACAUUGAUGAAAAGGAAGACACGGAGCAAAGGCGAAAUGUGAUUCAAACUAUCCCUCAUUACCACUACAAUGCAGCUGUUAAUAAGUACAGCCAUGACAUCGCCUUGCUGGAGCUGGAUAAGCCUUUACUACUAAACAGCUAUGUAACACCUAUCUGUGUUGCCAAUAGGGAAUAUACCAACAUCUUCCUUAAAUUUGGUUCUGGCUAUGUAAGUGGCUGGGGGAAAGUCUUCAACAAAGGGAGACAGGCUUCCAUUCUUCAGUACCUGAGAGUUCCACUGGUCGACCGAGCCACAUGCCUUCGGUCCACAACAUUCAGCAUCUAUAACAACAUGUUCUGUGCUGGUUACCGUGAGGGAGGCAAAGAUUCUUGUGAAGGAGAUAGCGGGGGACCCCAUGUUACUGAAGUGGAAGGGACCAGUUUCUUAACUGGCAUUAUUAGCUGGGGUGAAGAGUGUGCUAUAAAAGGAAAAUAUGGAAUAUAUACUAAAGUUUCUCGGUAUGUCAACUGGAUUAAGGAAAAAACAAAGCUAACUUAA